AAAACAAAAAAAACUUGAAGUCGCAGUGAUGCCUGAUGUGUGCAGCGACUCGGCCACAAUAUUGGAGGAAUGCGCUUUUGUCGCUCGCAGGGGGUGGAGUUAGAAAGUGAACGAGUGCUGCCUACCAAACAGAGAGAGGGAGAAGGAGGAGAGAAAGAGAAAGGGGAGAGACGGGUGGGCAGGCUGCUCACCGUAAACGAUGGUUGUCGGAUAGAGUCUUGAAGACCUAAUGAAACUGGCCGGUUGAAUUGUUUGCAGGCGAUUGCAGCGCGCAGCAGCCCCGGCGUGCUCUGCAUCUCUCGGAUCCUUGGAGCAGGGGAAAGAAAACUGCAGCAGCACCGAGAUAAAGAACAGUUUUUAAAAAACAGAAGAGGACUUUAAUAUCUGUUGUUUCACCACCGUUUUUUUCCUCCACUCUUCAUUUAUCUUCAGUGAGCCCGUGCGCGCCUGCAGCAACUCUUUCCCCGGCGGAGAGGAGCGUUUCAUGCCCGGAGGUAGACCGACCUCCCGCUUGGACCCAAUACCGGCCUCCCACACUCCUCAGACGGGCUCAGAAGCAGCAGUUCCCGGCAUUUGCUGGGAUGUUUGAGUCGCGUUGUUUGGUGGGGUGAAGGGACCGAGAGAGUGGCCGGAGAGACCGAAAGGGGGACGGAGGCCGAGAGAGGAGCCGAGAGCAUGGCUCUGGUAGCGCUGUCUCUCUGGGUGCUAACGAGUCUCACCUGGGCGGACGUGGUCCAGGUGUCAGCCAACAGACAUUCCGUUUACUGGAACAGCUCCAACAUACAUCUGCGUAGAGAGGGCUACACAAUGCAGGUGAACGUCAACGACUACCUGGACAUCUACUGCCCUCACUACAAUGACAGCCAGCGCAUGGUGGGCACUGGCGAGCAGUACGUCCUCUACAUGGUCAGCUACCGUGGUUACAGAAACUGCGACCCCCAGCUGGGCUUCAAGAGGUGGGAGUGUAACCGACCCCAUGCGCCCCACGCGCCCAUCAAGUUCUCCGAGAAGUUCCAGCGCUACAGCGCCUUCUCGCUGGGCUACGAGUUCCACGUCGGACAGGAGUACUACUACAUCUCCACGCCCACCCAUCAUCACGGCCGCAGCUGUCUGAGACUACGAGUGUACGUGUGCUGCUCUACGGCCUCUGACGUGGAUGAUGAGCCAGAGCCUACAGAACCAGACUACACGCUUAGACCAGGCCUAAAAAUUGACGAUAUUGAUGAAUUUAACCCCUUUGUUCCCAAGCUGGAGAAGAGCGUCAGCGGAAGCAGCCCAUCCAGGGAUCGCCUUCUCCUCACCGUGACGAUGCUCCUUCUGGCCGCUCUCUUCAUCUCCUAGCAACGGCCAUCCCAUCAGCGUCACCAUGCCAACUAGCCUUGGGAGGGUGUACAGUAUCAGCGGGUGGGAGAGCUGAGGAGGGGGAGGGAGGGGGGGAGUCAGGAGGAGAGAGAGGAGAGUUGCAACACCACAAAUAGAGCAGAAGGCAAGAGGAGCAAGAAAUGAGAGUUUUCAAGCAUCACAGUGUGUGUGUGUGUGUGUGUGUGUGUGUGUGUGUGUGUGUGUGUGUGUGCGUGUGUGCGCGUGUGCGCGUGUGUGUUUGUACAGCUGUGUGUUUGAGUGGAGUGUGGUUUUGGUGGAGUUGAAAGACCUUCAGGCACUCGGUGACACAGACUGAACUGUGUGUUCCAUUAAAGUCAGCCUGUGCAUACAGAUGCAGGUGUGUGAGCGUGUGUCUGUGUGUGUAUGUGUGUGUCUGAACAAGCCACAGGUUGAGCUUGUUGAAUCAUGCACACCACACAAAGCAUUUAUACAACAGGAGAGGCGGGGCUGAAGUCCAAGUAAAAGAAAAAAAAAAAAAAAAUAGAAGACGAAAAAGCAUCAAAUCCACUCACCCAAUUGAAAACCAUUUGAAGACUUUCCCCUGGAUCUGAUUGGCUGAAACACUUCCUUAGGGCUAGUUGCCAUAGUUUCUUGCAACAAGAAUUAAACUGAACUCAAAUGAACUGAAUCAGAUAGAUUUCAUCAGAACUGAACUGAAAUUGCCUUUUUUUGUUGUUGUUGUUAUUGUUGUUGAUGAUCUUGAUGCUGGGAACUUGUCCCAGUCCACGGACGGGGGGCAAAAGGAACCAGCUGACAAACUGCGCAGGUCCUGUGUAGGAGACUAGUCAAAGUAGCUGAUAGUUCAUAAACGCACCCUGGGACUCCAGACGCCAGUGUUUUAGUUGUCAUAUCCACCAUCUGCUGUGUCAUCCUGUGUUCACCAUCAGUCUCCAGCACUAAUGAAGGCAACAGGGCUGGAUGGGGUCGGGAGGGGAAUUCAAAGCAUUUAAACGAUGAAUCAUUUACUUAAAGAAAAGAAAACGGGGAUUUACUGUAGAUGUGCCAUUGACACAGAAACCGCAAGGGUUUGUUGAUGUUAUUAGUUGCCGUGUUACUUUUCUGUCCUGUCUUUGAAGUACUCGGUUAGUCCUCUGUCAUCUCCGAGGUUAACGAAGCACACGAUGGCUACGGAGCAGCCAUGGAUACACUCAGCAAUACAGCCCUCCUCUCAGCCCGACUGCAGGCCGUCUGGAGGAGAGCAAGAGGAGGAAGCGCGAAGGACAGUCACUCACCCAUGCAUCUACGCCCAGGCCCAGUCCCGGACAAUAAGAAGCUCUCCACUGAUCAGUGUUGGUGUAGCAGCCUGCUCCACCAAUCUCAUCUCUGUAAACCCAUCCGUCAGAUGCCACAUGUAAACGGUUUUCUGUUGCUGUGUGAGUGAGUGGUGUGCGCUUGAAAGAGACAAACAUAUGUGUGAGUGUGCCACAUGCGCGUGUGUGUGUGUGAGAGAGUGAGAGAGAGUAUUUUAAAUGGUACUAACAGCCUGAAAAUACAUCCACAUACUGUACAUCUUAUAAGUAUGAAAAUGCAAAAUAAAAAAAAAAUCAAAACACAAACUAAAGCAACAAGUAAUACAUACAAACCAAGUGCUUUGGUGGGGAGGUGCGGCAAUUCAAAACUCAAACAACUGUACCAGUCGGUUGCUUCAGAAUAGCGUUUCCAUAGCAACUAGCACCUUAUUCACCAUGGUUACCCCACCCUGCCAACGAUGGACUCUAGUAGGGCAUGGCUUAUAGUAGCUGAUAACAAUGAUGAAGGUGAAAAUGAUUAUAAUGAUAAUGAAGGUGACGAUGAUGGACUGCAAGCCGACAGCUGGCCGAACCGGGUCACGCAGCGGCUCACCCACCGGCACGUGAGGCGUUCAAGUACUCGUGUAAAUGUCAAACGGACAACAGAAUGGAAUAACAAACUGUCUUGAAAUUUGCCAAGGUGAAAUGUGAUGUAAGCAUUUUUACAAACUUGAAGCUCAGUUUCCUUGUGGUUGUUUUUAUUAUGUUUUUUUAUUGUUUUGUUGAGUUUGCUGUGGUGUAUUUUUGGUUAUCUUGAGGGGGAAGACGGGGGUUUAAAAGCUGGAGAAUUGGGUGGGUUGAGCCAUACGUAAACUUGGGCUGCACUCUGUGAGUCUCUUACUUUAAAGUUAACUUAGUAUGAUUUCAAGAAAGAUAAAUAUAUAGACAAAUCAUAUAUAGUAGCUGUGGUUCCCAUCUGUUUUGGCUUGUGACCCCCUUAAAGGACACUUCACCACUUACAUACAGUGGGAUGAGUUAACUUGUCACAGGGAAUAUUAUUCAAACAGUUGUAAAAUGCCUUCAGUUCUGGAGGGAAUAAAACCCUGAUGAUGUCACUAGGGUUAAUUUGGAUUGGAGUCAGUGACCAGUUCAACAAAGUGAUGAUCAUACUCUAGCUUUGUUCAACUUGCGCGACACCUCUGUAGAUGGCGUGUGGGAGUGAGCUUGCAUUAAACGCGUUUGUUGCAAUAUGCUCCGAAGCACCAGGGGAUGCACAAACAGGAUCUUCUGGAAAUAAGCAAGAAGUCAAAGAGGAAGAACGUUACUUGAAAACUAGGCUGCCUGGCAACUGUAUUACACACUGUAGUGCCACCAAACAACACAUUUGUGUGCUGUCGCUUCCCUCGAAAGUCGAAAUUGUCAUACGGCUUUGUUUCACCCUGGGUCGCCACUCUUUCCAUGACCGCCAUGUCUCAUAUUCUUCCACACACUGAAGCAAAAAAGCCUCUUCUUUCCUUUAUGGUGGCUGUUUCUUUCCAAUAAGCUAAGGCCAUUUGACUGUCCUUGUAAUCUCUCGAUGAAGAGUCGUAGAGAUGUCUGUAGAGGCAAAUCUGCUUGACUAGUCUGCCCUAUUGAAAUGAAAAGUUAAGCCUGUGCAAGGGGUGUUAAGUCUAAAAAACUCAGAGGUUCACAAUCAAGUGCUGCAACAACUUUCAGAGCAUUUGCGCUUCAUGCAAAGGGAUGAUUACAUCAUUUUCUUGCACGCAAACUACAUAAACCUAGAUUUACCCAGUAAUUCCUAAGGUAAGCUGGAAACUAGUGUUGCAUCCUUGUAGGGGGUCUGGUCCACCAUGUUGGGAGCCACUGAUAUAUAGGAUUUUAUUCUAAAUUCAGGUAUUUUUUACAUCAUUGUGUGCUCGUAGUUUGAGAAUAAUGUGGCUUUUUUCCAAAGUAUAUCAGUUUGCUAGAUUAUUUUCUCAAAACUUUGGACAGCAAAAGCCCAUGUUUUUAAAUUUAUAGAAAUGUAAAAGCGCUCUUGUCACCUCAACAAGGAACAUGUAGUUAUGAUACAGUCUGCAAAGCAGCCCAGGUGUAUUUAUGGCUCUUGGUGGGAGGGCGAUGUAGGAAGGGUUUUGGGUUCUAGUGUGGAGUGGGAGGGUUGAAGAGCUGUGCGAGAGGGUAAAUCACUCUUCAAGAAGUUGCACUUAAGAACUUAGACACGAGAGCAAGAAAGUGUGUGUGUGUGUGUGUGUGUGUGUGUGUGUGUGUGUGUCAGGGAGAGUAAGAAUCAAAGCUCAUUUCUGUUAAUCACUUCAUGUCUGUGUGCAGGAGCUUUAGGGUGAGACACUGUCUGUCUUUGUUUGUGAUGGUGUCAGUAUGUGUGUGCGAGCGAAUGAAUGGGUGAGCGAGUGAGCAACAGUCUCUUUGUUUCUGCUCUUCCCAUGUGUGCAUGAGCGAGCGCGAGUGUGACCGAUUGUUGUCUGGCAAAACAAAAAAAAAAGCAUUUAAUAGUGUUGGAAACAACAGUUACAAUCAUGUUUACCUUCGACUGGAAUGACUUUAAAUGAACUUGAAAAUAAACUGUAAACUGAACAAACCAUAACAGAGGUUAUAACAAUGAUCAUGAUAACAAAAUAAUAAGCUUACAAAUCUUACUUUUAA